AAAUAAACAAGUCCAUAAUUUAGAAGGAAAUGUUUUAAAUAUUAAAGCCGUUUGAAAUUAAAAUUUACCAUAAACUUUUGUAUUAGUAGUUGAUUAGAAUAAGAAAAUAAAUUUAUUCAAUAAUGGCUGAAUGCAUGGAUGAUCUAUCUGAUUUUGACACUGAUCAGUGCUGCAUUGAUGAUGAAUUGGUUUCAAAAUUCAAUUCAGCUGCAAGUUUUUUACCUCAAAUUGCAUCUAAUUUGGAUUCAUCAGUUUUGCUUCAAUUAUAUGCAUUUUAUAAACAAGCCAGUAUCGGCAGUUGUAAUAUUCCUAAACCUAGCUGGUUUCGAACACAAGACAAAAUGAAGUGGGAAGCUUGGUCAUCUUUGAAAGAUAUGCCAAAAGAAAUUGCUAUGGAAAAAUAUAUUGCCACAAUAUCCAAGAUUGAUAGCACCUGGUUAAGUGAGUCAACAUCACAAGAGAAGUCUAAAAGCUGGGCAGCAGUUUCAACUUUUACAUUGCCAGAUACAAUCACAAAUGAAACAGAAAAAACUAUUUUUGAUUACUGUAAAGAGGGCAAUAUUGCUCAAUUUUCCUUGCUUCUCAAAAACACAGAAAGGAACAUAUUGGACACACAAGGUUUAGGUUUGAUACAUUGGGCUGCAGAUAGAGGACAUUUGGCAAUUAUUAAACUUUUAUUAAUGAAUGGUCAUGAUAUUAAUUUAAUUGAUGGUGAUGGUCAAACUGCUUUGCACUAUGCAGUAAGCUGUGGACACAGAGAUUGUGUUGAAUAUCUGUUAGAAAUGGACAUCGACUGUAAUGUAAAAGAUGAUGAUGGAACAUUAGCUGUUGAACUUACUGAUGAUGAUGAAUUAAAGAAAAUGUUACGCAAAGGUCAUUAUGAUGAAUAAAAUGUA